AGGCCGGGCGCUCCGGAAGCGGCCGGGAGGUGUUCGCCGGUAGCGGAGUCCUGUGUUCCCUGGACCGACGACAUCGUUUAUUGCAACCAAGCGCGCCAAUUGAAGCGCGUGUCCGCUCCUCGCUCAGUCGAACAAUGCAUGAGCCGUAUCGCGAUGUUUGCCAAAUAAUGUUUCAAUUUUUUUAAAGAGAUCAUAUAGGUUUAUAUUCUCUUUUUGCUCGAAAGUGUAAAAAAUGCUGACUUUUUGUUUAUUCGCGAUUACCUCGUUUGGUUCUUGUGUUAUUGCCCAGGAUGUAAUUACAGUGGAAGCGGUGUUAGGGCAGAGCGCAGAGCUUCCAUGUAAUGUUACCGCCGAUAAAGAAGACGACACACUCAACAUAUUGGCAUGGUAUAGGAACGGUUCUAGUACAGCGUUUUAUAGCAGUCGCGACCUUCGCGGGGGGUCCGGCAGCAUAAUGUCACCAAGCAACAGAUACCGAUUACUGAAUUCAGAAGAAGAAGGACUGGAUAGCUUAGAAAUUCUAAAAGUGAGGUCGUCGGAUGCAGGUCUCUAUCACUGCAACGCUGACUUCAAAAGUAGCCCUGCUCGAAAAACAUACGUGCAACUGGCGGUUAUUGAACCGCCGCAAAAACUGUGGGUAAUUCAUGAGAAUGGCACUCGAGUAGCGACAGCCAACGCUGGCUCGAAUACGAGCAGAAAUAUUGGUCCUUACUACGUUGGAGAUACUAUACAUCUCUUUUGUGUUGCGUUUGGAGGGAAACCACAACCAUCAUUAUCCUGGUGGUCGGAACAACGUUUAUUAAAGAACACAACAACUCCGCUAUCAGAACAACGUGUCCGAGGCGAUCUGAGAUUCGGUCCAUUGAGCCGGGAGCACCAUGGACGUGUGUUUACUUGUUUUGCUAAAAAUAAUGACAGAACACCUCCGCUUUGUAUUGACAUUUCAAUUGAGAUGUUUUUACCCCCAGAGCUGGUGACCAUAAGAGUAGGAAGUGAGAAAAGUGACUCGGUAUUCAGUGGACGCGCCCACUCUGGAGAUGUAUUGACGUUACAGUGUCGCGUGCUCGGCGCCAGACCCUUACCAACAGUCAUAUGGAGAAUGGAUGAUUCACAGCUAUUGAAUCUAGAACAGAAUAUCACGAUGGAACCUUCACAACAAUUAAUGGUAAAUGAGAUUCAGUUAAGUAUAUCCGCUGAAUAUGACGAGUCUCGUAUCACUUGUUGUGUGCCGGUUUACCGCAGAGACUCGGAGGAGUACGUGUGUGCUAUUGGUCAACAUUUAACUGUCCUGUAUCCACCGAAGUUGCAUAUAUCAAUAACUGAUACUUUGGAAAAUAACACGUUAUCAGUCAUUAAAGGUUCAAACGUGUCCAUGAAUUGUAGUUUUGAAGCUAACCCAUCUGUUUUUCAAUUGAUUUGGUUUCAUGAGGAAUCCAUAUUAAGCCAUACUACAGAUCAAACAAUGGUAUCCUUACACCCAAGUCUUGAGUUAACCGCGGUGUCCGAGGCUGAUGCCGGUGAAUACGUAUGCGCUGCUACUAACGACGAAGGGUCCUCCUACAGCGAGCCUAUUAUCAUUGAUAUCGUGUUCCCGCCGUAUUGUGAGGACGAAAGCGUUGUAGAGUAUGGUGUGGUAGCCGAAGACAGCAUUAACAUAACAUGCAAAGUGAAGGCGAACCCGGAGCCCUCGUCCUACCGCUGGCUUCUCGUCAGCGAGAUGGACGGCACCAAGCUGCACUCCAACCAGUCACAUACCGUGGAAACUGAAGGCGACACUCUAGUCUAUCAGAGACCGAAUUGCACUACAACAUUAAUAUACUGCUGGGGAUUGAAUUCAGUAAAGAACAGUGAUCUGCCGCAAACCAAGUGCACGUUCAUGGUAACGGAUGAAACAAUCCCCCAACCACCAAGUAAUUGUGUCGCUGUGAAGAACACACAAAGAGAUAUAACUGUCACUUGUGACCCGGGACAUGAUGGAGGCCUCCCGCAGAAGUUUAUGUUCACCGUGAAGUCAUUAGAUUCUGAAGAGCAAAUCCUUUCUAUCGUAAAUCAAGAGCCGACGUUUAUGAUCCAAGAACCUAAAGAAGAUUAUAAAUUUGUACUAGUAGCUAUUAACGAUAAAGGUGAAAGCAAAUUAAUGGAAAUCUUAAGAGAGGACAUUGUUGAUGAGAGUAUUGAUGCCCGCAACACGAUAAGCGCGGUGACGAACAUUACAACGCUCGCAUUGGCGCUGUGCGGCGGUGUAGCGCUGCUCGCGCUGGCCGCGUGCGGGCUUGUGCUGUGCGCGCACGAGCGCAGCGAGCGCGCCGACAUGCCGCGCGACCGCCGUGACCCACCGCUUUGUGCUUAUAACACUGAUGAAUCUAACUGUGAAACUUAUAACGACAGCGAAGACGGGAGCGAUUGCAACAUCAGACGAACCGAGUCCUUUCGGAGAGCCAUGGGCAAGUACACACCAAAGAACUGUGAUGUGAGAAGAACCAGCUCAUUUCACUCGGCGAGAUAUCUGCACGAUAUUGCAGAUCAUGAGCCAAAACGCGUUGAAUCCAGGCAUGCUGGUUGUAGAGUCCAUUCGCUACAAAACAUUAGCAGGAAAAAGGAGAUGGACGUUCUCUGUGACCAUCUCGUUAUGCAUCUUCCACCUGAUACAAACUAUAAUGUGCCUAAACCGAUGAACACGUUCUACACAAUGCCGCGGAAAGCGAGACACAGAUUACAAAAGGAGAUCAGCGACGAAACGUCUGAAAUAACGCAAGCUUCAGAUGGUUUCUCACUCCCACCGCCGCCAGACGAGUUUGGAACGUAUCGAGCUGCAACCAGAAUAAAGGACAUACCAACAAAAUCCACCCCCACAUACACUACUAUCAUACGACAAAACUCCGGAAAGAAUUUAAAUAAAUAUGGUAAUACCAUAUCGCCUAUGAAUACUGUAGGAUUGCCUAGUAUAAGUGGACAUCAACCUAGCCUUUAUACUUAUCCGGAUGACGACCAUCAGGUAAACAGAAAUCCUUUUGAUGACGAACACUAAUUGAUGUUUAAUAUUCUUAAUAAUCUUUUGUAUUUUUUUUUGUUGCAUCGGCUUACCAGACGGGUUUGGGUGUUGGCAACAAUACGUAUAUUUAAACAAAUCUUAAUGCCAAAGUGUAAUAAUAAGUAUUAGAAAAUGUAAUAAAAUGUAAAGAAUAUAAAAACAAUUAUAAAUCGGAUAACGUGCAAGCGUUAAAGUGAUCCUAGUCGUGAUAGAAAGUUUUACACAGAUUUUUUUC